CUAAGCUGUCUUGGCUCCACUGCUGGCCACGUCCCCGCGCCGGGUCGCGGGCGCUUCCCAGCCGUCUGAGGGCCGCCGGGCCGCCGCAGGCCUGCCGCGCCCGGAUGUGUCUGUUAUGAGAGCGGAGCAUCUGCCUUUGGCUCACAUGUGCCACAAAACAUGCCGCAGCCUGGGAGUGCUCCACCUCGCCGCUCUCACCUGCAAAGCCAGACCUCGCCCGGUCACAUGGUGCCGAGCCCACAGCGCUCCAGGGAGGAAGUGGCCCAGCUGGGAGCACACCCCGAGCAGCCGCCUCUGAGUCCUCAGCCAAGCAGAAGGGAACCAUUAACAGCUUGAGGAGCUGCUGGCCUGGGGACCACCAGCCUCACUCCCAGCUCACCCGCAAGAUGUGGGCAGCCCUCAUGCUCAUUUGGAUUUCCUCCUUGUCCUUAUCUGAAAGCCGAGUGGCAUCUGAUGAUCUACCCCCUAACACGAUGUGGAAUAAAGUCAUCAAGAAUGAUACAUCUGUGGAAACAGGUGAUAAUAAAACACUGGAGAAAAUAACCACAGUGACAACUUCUCCUGUCACGCUGACCAAAGGGACUUCGGCAGCCAAUCUCGCAGCUACUGACAUCGUAACAGAGGAAACAGUCAGGACAGACACGGGCUCUCCAGCCACUGCACAAGGCACGACCGGCGGUGCAGCCUCCAGCGCUCCCCUGACAUCUGCACUGCCCGUCCCCACGUCCCCAUGGCAGACGCCAUCCACUACCGCCGCUGGGCUCCCGCUGCCCAGCACACCCCCUGCACAAGUGCCAAGUAGCACGUUGCCAAGAACAGCCACACCGGCAACAUCAGCCACUCACGCUCAGACUGCUGCCGCUGCCACAGCAAAUGUGAGCAGUUCCACGAGCGCGCGCCGCCCUUCCGAGCACACACCCGCAAGCUCCACAGCAAGGCCUGCAACUCCCACUGGCCCCCAAGCACGAGGCCCCACCGUCCAGGCGGCCAAGGACUGGCCCGUGGUUCAGACAAGUAGCUCCACACCUGCCCCCUCCAGCGUGACUGCGGAGUCUGCCAACACCCCUUCCAUGGCUUCGGUGUCCUCAACUGCGGUGACCGCCACCAAGGCACAAGCCGAGGAGCCCACUGCCAGCACGGUGCCAGCACCUCACCCCAGCCCAACCCCCAGGGCAGAGGCCACGUCCCCCACGACACAGCCAAGCCCUACGCCAUCUACGCAGGGGCCUGAUGGGCCAGGCACACCCCAGACACCUGAGGAGGUGGAGACCAAAGCCACUCCUAGUACUACGUCCGCCGGACCAACACCGAGGAGCUCAGGGGACCCGAAGAUGCCAGCCACAGACUCAUGCCAGCUCAGCACCCAGGGCCAGUACCUGCUGGUCACCACUGAGCCCCUGACCCCGUCCUUGGAGGACAAAACUUCUCUCCUGGUGGUGCUCUUACUCGGGGUGACCCUCUUCAUCACAGUCUUGGUUUUGUUUGCCCUGCAAGCCUAUGAGAGCUACAAGAAGAAGGACUACACCCAGGUGGACUAUUUGAUCAACGGCAUGUACGCGGACUCGGAAAUGUGAGCGUGGCGGGCUGGCUGGAAGGCCGGGCCCUUCCUCGUCCUUUCAUUUUGCCUCUGAGACCAAACCAAGUGCUUCCAAAAUUCUUCUGGUGCAAUUUAGGAGAUAUGCCAGACGCUUAAACACAUUUAAUUGCUGUCAGAUUAAUUCCAUGAUCACUAAAGAGUUGCUGCUUUUUGCAUA